AUGGCUGCCUCCCCGCUUGCUUCUGCAAACCUACUGCGUAGGCAGCUCAAGGGGAUGCAGUCCGACAAGGACCUCUCCAAUAUCAGUGUCGGGCUUGUCGAAGAUAAUAUCUACGAGUGGGAGGUUAUGCUUAUGAUAUCUGACGACUGCAAAUUCUACGGAGGUGGUUUCUUCCGGGCACGUCUGUCUUUCCCCGUGGACUAUCCGCACAAUCCCCCCAAUAUGAAAUUCGAAACACCAAUUUGGCAUCCAAACAUUUAUCCGGACGGCAACGUCUGCAUCUCCAUCCUCCACCCCCCUGAAGAAGACCAAUAUGGAUAUGAGUCGGCCGCAGAACGUUGGCUUCCCGUACACACACCAGAGACAAUAUUGAUAUCAGUCAUUUCCAUGCUGAGUUCCCCUAAUGACGAGAGUCCCGCCAACCUGGAGGCAGCGAAGCAGUGGCGCGAUGAUCCCGCCGAGUUUAAGAAAAAGGCGAGAAAAUGCGUCAGGGAUAGUCUAGAAUGGUGA